AUGGGCAACUAACUAGCAGGCGAAAAGACCGCUUAAGUUAAGAUAAACAUGGAAAUUAGCAAUUAAUUUAAUUCAAUUUUAAAAUGCCCAAGCUAAAUCGAUUUAAAUAAUAAGCUCAAUUCGCUUUUGAACUCUUCUUAUUAGCACGCUGAGUGGAUAGGAAGCAUUUUACCUGAAGAUAUUAGACAAUACUAUCAUGAGCAUUGCGAAAAUAUUGAAAAUAUUUUACAAUUUAUCAUAGACUUUUUAUAUGAUACAGUUUAAGAAAAAAAAGAAUUGGAUAAGAAUUACAUUUUGGUAAUCAAUAAUUGUUUGAGACUACUCACUAUCAUAGUACCAGUCGCCUACGAAAAUAUGGAAAAAGCAACAAAGUUCUUUUGGGAUUAUUAAGGAAUGAGUUAUCAAAUGAAAAAUGUACAAGUACAGCACCACAAUAAGCUUGUUGUAUACAUUUCAAAUGAUGAAGAAAUAGACAAAAAAAGAGAGAGUCAUGUUUCUUCAGGAAUUAAACUCAUUUAAUCACUACAAGCUUUGUGUUUUUAUCACUCUUACACUCUGCCUCUAAAGGCUGAAUUAGCAAAUUUUAGCAGCUAAUCAGGUUUAGGUGCUCACAUUGAUAACUAGCUUUUAUGGAAUAACAUUAUAUAGAUAACUCCACCUCACCCAAACAGCAGUAACAAAUACGAUGAAAAUAGAUUCAUGGUAUUAUCAGCUAUUCUUUCUUGUAUUUCAUCCACACUCUUCGUUCCUUUUUAUGGCUAGAACUAUCUCAAUCCAUGGCUCGCUUAUCUCACAUCUCCUAUAAAUAGACAAAAUGGACUCUUUUUUAUUAAUGUAUUAUAUUAAGUGUUAUGCCACAAGCCACCUCUUCUUGAAAAUUAAGCAGCAAAAUUAAACAAAGCAAUAGUCCUCAUGUGCUCUCAAAUCACUUAUGCUAUCCUCUGUCAUUAGCCAAAAAACGAAACUCUUAACACUAUUUUAGAAGUAAAUGUUGGUCUUUAACAAGUGAACGAUUAUUUUUAAGACUAAGUUGAUGAGAGUUAGAGGGGAAAGUUAGAUGUGGUAGCAGUACUGUAAAAUGGAAUUUUAAAUUACUUAAAUUAAUUCAGCGAAACAAAUGGUGUUUAGCAAGGUGUUGUUAAUGUGAUUGCUGAAAAAAUUCUCUACCUCUUAGAAGAACCUUUGAGAGCAGAAAACUCAUUGCUUUUUAACUCAUUAAAGGACAUCAACUUCAGCGAAGAAAAUUAUGGAAUUCUUUAAUAGCUGUUAUACUUUUGCCCAUAAUUAUUUGAAAAUAUCUGCUCAUCAGAGUAUAAACUUUAUAGGCUAUUUAAAGUCUCGAUUCACUAAUUUUGUAAGUCCCUAGAUGACGUAAAAGUGAAUAACACAUAUUAUGUAAGCUUGUGCUUGCUUACUAUACUUUCAAGCAAUUAAGCUUUUAGUAAGAUGCUAAAUAAAAAAAAAGAUUUCAAUAUGAACUUGAAGAACUUUCCCAUCGUUGAUGGUACUUUAGCAGACUUGUUAAUCAGUUGCUUAGCCUAAACAAUGAUAAACAAUAAAUUUACUGGCGUCCUUUGCCAUCACUUUAACUUAAUGUGCAUCCUAAAAAACAUAUCACCAUUUAUUAAAAAUAUCAGUAGAGUUAGCUGUCAAAAAUUAAACUAACUUGCUAUACUCUUUACAGAUAUGGACUUCCUCACUUAAACAUAAUAUACACCUUUUUGCAUAGUCAAAUUAAUUUAGCUCUAUAAUUACAUUCUCAGUUAUAAUAUGAGCGAAAACUAUGCACUUGUCUAUGAAAUUUUUAAUAGACAAGAAAUUUUUAGCAGAAUCCCCAGAAUCAGUUUUAGUGAAAAUAUUUUAAGAGCUUAUUUCCGAUAAUUAAAAGAGAGAUAAGAUUGCAUGAGAAAUAAUACAACUGUGCCCAAUACAAAUCCAAUUCCUUCCCCAUAGAACUAGUAAUAAGCCUAGCUGAACAGAUAAGGCUAGUAACUUUAAGCUUUGAAUUAACAAAUUCAAUUAUAGAAAAAGGAAUCUCAAUAAAAAAAUUAGCAAGAAUCUAAGAAAGAAAUAAAAUCUGAUUAAAUGUAAGAAGACAUACCGUCCUCCAGUAGUUUAUAAUCCAAAAAAAGGCCCAAAAGAGUGAUUAAAAAGAAAUUAGGCUUAGAAAACCACGAAGCUGAAUAAAAAGGAUUAAACUCAAAGAAAAACCUUGAUGAACCUAAAUAAAGCUAGCCUUCAUCUAAACAAGACUUAGAGGAAGAAGAAGCCAAAGAAGAAACAAAAACAGAUUUUCCUAAUAUUUAAAAUAAAAACUAAGCCAACCAAAACAGAGGAUUCGAAAUAGAAAUUGAAUAAAAGAAUCCUGAAGACUUGUUUGUAGAAAAAUGGAAAAAUUUCAACUGGAAAAUGGUUUACAGCACAAUUCCUUUGCAAAACAUGAGUUUGGUUCUAAAAAAUGUUAACGAAUUUGUAAAUACGAAAUUGAAAAAGAGCAGGUUUGAUUUGCAUUAUGAACAAUUCAUUUAAGAGAAAAAUUUCUUAAAAUCUUUGAAUGAUUUAAUGGUGAAAAACCAACAAUUCGUAAUAGAUUAAUUUUAAAAUUAUGAAGAUAUUUUAGGACUUUCAUAUUAAUGCUGCUGGGCUCAAGUUGCCUACAAAUCUAAGUUUUUCCCUCACUUUAAUUCAAUGAAAAUUUUAUUUUUUAGGACAGACGUAUCACCUAUUUAAGUUAACAUAAAUGACUAAUCAAUAAAUGUAGAACUGCAAUCCAACAAUACCUUAACAGAAAUUAAAUGA